UCAGUCCACAUCAUAUGGCAGCUUUUCUAUUAACGUUCCAUUGCCCGGUAAGGUAGAGCGAGCUUUAUCUCCAAAGUUACUACAACCUGGACUAUCUCGCAUAUGUAUAUUAUGCAUUAAAAGCAGGUGCAGUUGAAGACGAAGUUAACAACUACACGUCUUUUGUAAAGUCUAGUCAACAAGACCCUUUCGGCGAGAGAGGCGGCAUUUAGUUCAGAAGCUAGUGGAGGCAUAGGAAGGCGUUUAAGAAAGUUUUUAUGUUCUUUGUGAGCUGAGUCCCAACAGGUGCCGCUUGAAUGUACAGCAUGAUGAUGGAAACGGACUUGCAGUCCUCUGGACCGCAAAACACUAGUGGACCGGUUCAGACUGGUGCAAAUUCUGGAGGAAAGGCAAAUCAGGACAGAGUCAAGCGGCCAAUGAAUGCAUUUAUGGUAUGGUCCCGGGGACAACGGAGAAAGAUGGCUCAGGAAAACCCCAAAAUGCACAAUUCUGAGAUCAGCAAACGACUUGGUGCGGAGUGGAAGGUCAUGUCAGAGGCUGAGAAGAGACCUUUUAUUGACGAGGCGAAGCGACUGCGAGCACUCCACAUGAAAGAGCAUCCGGAUUACAAAUACCGUCCCCGCCGGAAAACCAAGACCCUCCUGAAAAAAGACAAGUAUUCGCUUGCUGGCGGGCUGCUCUCGGCCGGUUCUGGAGGUGGUUCUGCCGUAGGAGUCGGCAUGGGGGUUGGUGUAAGCCCAGUAGGAGUUGGGCAGCGUCUGGACAGCCCGGGCCCCGGCAGCGCUGCCGGAGGCGGCUAUGCACAUAUGAAUGGAUGGGCAAACGGAGCUUAUCCUGGUUCGGUGGCGGCAGCAGCAGCCGCUGCGGCCAUGAUGCAAGAAGCACAGCUGGCAUAUAGUCAACAUCCAGCUACUGGAGCUCAUCAUCAUCAUGCUCACCACCACCACCCACAUAAUCCACAGCCUAUGCACCGCUACGAUAUGGCAACUCUGCAGUAUAGCCCGAUCUCCAAUUCGCAAAGCUACAUGACCGCCUCUCCAUCCGGCUAUGGGAGCAUCUCCUACUCCCAGCACCAGAACUCAGCUGUGGCAUCCUCGGGUGCCAUAGGGGCACUUGGAUCUCUUGUCAAGUCAGAGCCCAGCGUCAGUCCUCCAGUGAGCUCCCACUCAAGGGCUCCUUGCCCUGGGGACCUGAGGGAAAUGAUCAGUAUGUACUUACCGACAGGAGAAGCAGGUGAUCCUUCAGCCCCAAACAGACUUCAUUCACUUCCUCAGCACUAUCAGAGCACCACUACAGGGGUUAAUGGGACAGUUCCACUGACACAUAUAUAACAUAUAAAUUGCAACCCCCUUAACUGUAUCUUUGGACUGAGUCUGGACUACCUUUUUGUACAGAAUGGUUUGAUGUUCAUGUAAAAUAAAGGUAAAGAGCGUUCUAAAUACUUUUAGAAAAUCGAGGAGUGCUAGUUGUAAAACUAGGUUGCAUUUUAGAUUGGCAUUUGAUGUUUUGCAAAGUCAUUUUGUAUAGUAUUUAUCAUUCAAUGAAAAUGUUUUGUUUGAUAAACAGAAAAUGCCAACUUUUAUAAAUUAGAAGAGAAAACCCACGUUACCUGUCAAAUAUUCACCGUCUAAGUGGGUUAUGGUAUAGGGAAAUGAAAUGUAAAAUGCUAUGUCCCUACGUCGUUUCUAGACUUAUUUUAAUAAUCCAUGCCUAUCCAAACUAUUUAUAAUCCUUCCACAUCACAUUAUACUGGGGCUUGUCAAUUUAGGUCUCUGUGACAGCAUUUUUUUUUCUAUGGUAAUUCCUGUAAAUGCAUUGUGAAAUAAUUUUUAUUCUAGGUUUAAAGACAAAUGCAGACCAUGUAAAUAAUUUACAGAAUAAUUCAUUUCUGGAAACAAAUAACUGACAUUGCGAUGAAAUCUGAGUUUAAUAAAUUUCUCAGAAAAAAAUGUUUAUGUUACUCUGUAAUGAACAUGGAGUACACAUGCAUAUAUUUUGUCAAGCCACACAAUGAGGCAUGCCUGUAAAGUUCAAAUUUGCACUACACUGCUAAAACAGAGAAGUGAUGAUCAAAUAUGAUAAUGAAGUGCAACUUCCUAAUACUGUGCAAUGGCAGUGGGUAUUAUUCAGUAUGGACGCAUUAAUAACAAUUGUGUUAUUCAUUUUAGGGAACUGUUCUUGGGCAGAAUUCAACAGUGUAACGAUUAUUGUCUACUUUAAGCGAACAAGAGAUGAUAAUUGCAAAAAGUGAGCACGUUCCUAGUCACUUGCAUAUUACUUGAACACAACAAUGUCUACUGUUUAAAGCCGGGUAUUUCAGGUAUAAUAGCAAAAUUAAGAAUUCUCUUCAGUUUCAGUGAUCCAAAUCCGUGUUAUUACAUGUAAACAUCUGUUAUACCUGCCGAAUGAGUCCAAGUAGAAGUAAUAUGGUGUAUCGAACUAGUUAUACGGGUUUUGCAGUUGUGUAAAACAUAUCCGGUUUGUUUAUUAGAGAUAGCUCUUUAAAUAAUCGUGUAGCUGGUUUUAUUUCCAGUAGCCUAAUAGAGAGGAAAUAGUAAAAUGCAUACUCGAGAUAUAAUGAAAUAACAAUCCUUAAAAGAAAUCUUCCCCCUGCCACAUCCAUCCAUUCCUUCUGUUGUUGCAGUUUGAUUUCUGUAGUUCGAAGGUAAAGAUUUUGAAAGUGUGUUGGAUUUGACAACUGUUUUCCUUGACUUGGGAGUGACAUGUAGUGCAGUUUACAUGUUUUGCAGCUACAUUUUCAGUUGGCAGUACCAACCUGUUAAUAUGCUAACCAUUAAAGCUUCAUAGGACAGUCAUCUGGUAUUAUUU